AAAAGACCCCACCAUACACACACAUACAUACAGCAGCAGGAGCGUGAGCCACACUUUCUGAGCACCCACCCCCCUCCACCCCGCGAUGCUUCACAUUGCCUAUUCCGCUACACAGUAUUUCUCACUCCCAGCCAUCUCCGUAUAAGUUCGUGAACCAGCCGGGUCCAUCGUCGUCCACGUUCAUACACACACAAGCGCAUAUAUCACCGCCCUUGACUGUCGACACAACCAGACGCCGUCUUGCCCUGUUAUCGAGCAAAGCGACCGAGUCGCUAGCCUGGUCAGGUUUCCAUCUUCGUCUCAUUCCCGCGCUAGCCUCGUUGCUCUCAUCUCAUAUCGCAACCAUGUCGGACCACGACCUCGCGGGCAACGAUGACCUGUCCUUGCCAAAGGCCACCGUCCAAAAGAUCGUAACCGAGAUCCUGCCGCCCUCAGCUGGCGUCGCCUUCUCAAAGGAGGCCCGCGACUUGCUCAUCGAGUGCUGCGUCGAGUUCAUCACCCUCAUCUCCUCCGAGGCCAACGAGAUCUCGGAGAAGGAGGCCAAGAAGACCAUCGCCUGCGACCACAUCACCAAGGCCCUUGAACAGCUGGGCUUUGCAGACUACGUCCCCGCCGUGUUAGAGGCGGCCGCCGAGCACAAGGAGGUGCAAAAGGGACGUGAAAAGAAGGCCAACAAGUUCGCCAACAGCCAGAUUCCGCUCGAGGAGCUCGAAAGGAUGCAGAGAGAGGCGUUCGAGGAUGCCGCCAACCGCCACGCUUAGAAGGGAGGUGGAGGUCACUUUUUAAGGGCGUUUGCUUCAGUUGGUUAGGCAUGGAAACGGCGUUUAAUGAGGCACACACAGCCACCAGGGCUUUGGGAGGAAGCAUGAUGCCAUCUUCAUCCCGCUGACGAAUGCAUGAGAAUCCGGCUUGAUGGGGCCGCUGGGAGGAGGGCACGCGGGUUUUUCUUCUUCUUUAUUUUUUGAUGAGCAGGCUCGUGAUCUUGGAACAACGAACGGUUCAUCGGAGAACAUAGAUCGCCCGGAUAGUCGCUCCCGCACGCGUUAAAGACAGACUUCAUGUGGAUCUGCCCCCGCUUAACACAA